AUGACUGUGAGACGAGGCAAACGCCGAAGCAGGACCGACUCUGACGCAAAGAGACUCCAGAUCAGCUCCACUAAAGUGAUCCGACAACAAGAGACCGACUUAAAUCAGCGCGUCUCCAGUGAUAGCACUUUGUCCAGUGACACCACAGUUAGCACACCAUCCACUGAUAGCACACACUCUAGUUACAGCACCUUCUCCAGUGAUAGCACUUUGUCCAGUGACGCAACUGUUAGCACACCAUCCAGUGAUAGCACACUCUCUAGUGACAGCACCUUCUCCAGUGAUAGCACUUUUUCCAGUGAAACCACAGUUAGCACACCAUCCAGUGAUAGCACACUCUCUACUGAUAACACCUUCUCUAGUGAAAGCACUUUGUCCAGUGACACCACAGUUAGCACACCAUCCAGUGACAGCACACUCUCUAGUGAUAGCACAUUCUCCAGUGAAACCACAGUUAGCACACCAUCCAGUGACAGCACAAUCUCUAGUGAUAGCACCUUCUCCAGUGAUAGCACUUUGUCCAGUGAGAGCACAUUUUUCAGUGACAACACAGACAGCACACUAUCCAGUGAUAUCACAAUCUCUAGUGAUAGCACAGUCUCAACAGAUAGGACAUUGUCCAGUGACACCACAGUUAGCACACUCUCUAGUGAUAGCACCUUCUCCAGUGAUAGCACUUUUUCUAGUGACACCACAGUUAUCCCACUGUCCACUGACAGCACAAUCUCGAGCGAUAGCACCUUCUCCAGUGAUAGCACUUUGUCCAGUGACACCACAGUUAGCACACCAUCCAGUGACAGCACACUCUCUAGUGAUAGCACAUUCUCCAGUGAAACCACAGUUAGCACACCAUCCAGUGACAGCACAAUCUCUAGUGAUAGCACCUUCUCCAGUGAUAGCACUUUGUCCAGUGAGAGCACAUUUUUCAGUGACAACACAGACAGCACACUAUCCAGUGAUAUCACAAUCUCUAGUGAUAGCACAGUCUCAACAGAUAGGACAUUGUCCAGUGACACCACAGUUAGCACACUCUCUAGUGAUAGCACCUUCUCCAGUGAUAGCACUUUUUCUAGUGACACCACAGUUAUCCCACUGUCCACUGACAGCACAAUCUCGAGCGAUAGCACCUUCUCCAGUGAUAGCACUUUGUCCAGUGACACCACAGUUAGCACCCCAUCCAUUGAUAGCACACUAUCUAGUGACAGCACCUUCUCCAGUGAUAGCACAUUGUCCAGUGACACCACAGUUAGCACCCCAUCCAGUGACAGCACACUCUCUAGUGACAGCACCUUCUCCAGUGAUAGCACUUUGUCCAGUGACACAACAGUUAGCACACCAUCCAGUGAUAGCACACUCUCUAGUGACAGCACCUUCUCCAGUGAUAGCACUUUUUCCAGUGACACCACAGUUAUCACACUGUCCACUGACAGCACAAUCUCGAGCGAUAGCACCUUCUCCAGUGAUAGCACUUUGUCCAGUGACACCACAGUUAGCACACCAUCAACUGAUAGCACACACUCCAGUGAUAGCACAGUCUCAACAGAUAGCACAUUGUCCAGUGACACCACAGUUAGCACACUCUCUAGUGAUAGCACCUUCUCCAGUGAUAGCACUUUGUCCAGUGACACAACAGUUAGCGCACCAUCCAGUGAUAGCACACUCUCUAGUGACAGCACCUUCUCCAGUGAUAGCACUUUUUCCAGUGAAACCACAGUUAGCACACCAUCCAGUGAUAGCACACUCUCUACUGAUAGCACAGUCUCCACAGAUAGCACAUUGUCCAGUGACACCACAGUUAGCACACUGUCCAGUGACAGCACCUUCUCAAGUGAUAGCACUUUUUCUAGUGACACCACAGUUAGCACACCAUCCAGCGAUAGCACACUCUCUACUGAUAGCACAGUCUCCACAGAUAGCACAUUGUCCAGUGACACCACAGUUAGCACACUGUCCAGUGACACCACAGAUAGCACAUUGUCCAGUGAUAUAACAGUUAGCACACUCUCUAGUGAUAGCACCUUCUCCAGUGAUAGCACAAUAUCUAGUGAAACCACAGUUAGCACACCAUCCAGUGAUAGCACACUCUCUAGUGACAGCACCUUCUCCAGUGAUAGCACUUUGUCCAGUGACACAACAGUUAGCACACUCUCUACUGAUAGCACAGUCUCCACAGAUAGCACAUUGUCCAGUGACACCACAGUUAGCACACUGUCCAGUGAUAGCACCUUCUCCAGUGAUAGCACAUUAUCUAGUGAAACCACAGUUAGCACACCAUCCAGUGAUAGCACACUCUCUAGUGACAGCACCUUCUCCAGUGAUAGCACUUUGUCGAGUGACACCACAGUUAGCACACCCUCCAGUGAUAGCACCCUCUCUAGUGACAGCACCUUCUCCAGUGAUAGCACUUUGUCCAGUGACACAACAGUUACCGCACCAUCCAGUGAUAGCACACCCUCCAGUGACAGCAUCUUCUCCAGUGAUAGCACUUUUUCUAGUGACACCACAGUUGGCGCACCAUCCAGUGAUAGCACACUCUCUAGUGACAGCACCUUCUCCAGUGAUAGCACUUUUUCCAGUGAAACCACAGUUAGCACACCAUCCAGUGAUAGCACACUCUCUACUGAUAGCACAGUCUCCACAGAUAGCACAUUGUCCAGUGACACCACAGUUAGCACACUGUCCAGUGACAGCACCUUCUCAAGUGAUAGCACUUUUUCUAGUGACACCACAGUUAGCACACCAUCCAGCGAUAGCACACUCUCUACUGAUAGCACAGUCUCCACAGAUAGCACAUUGUCCAGUGACACCACAGUUAGCACACUGUCCAGUGACACCACAGAUAGCACAUUGUCCAGUGAUAUAACAGUUAGCACACUCUCUAGUGAUAGCACCUUCUCCAGUGAUAGCACAAUAUCUAGUGAAACCACAGUUAGCACACCAUCCAGUGAUAGCACACUCUCUAGUGACAGCACCUUCUCCAGUGAUAGCACUUUGUCCAGUGACACAACAGUUAGCACACUCUCUACUGAUAGCACAGUCUCCACAGAUAGCACAUUGUCCAGUGACACCACAGUUAGCACACUGUCCAGUGAUAGCACCUUCUCCAGUGAUAGCACAUUAUCUAGUGAAACCACAGUUAGCACACCAUCCAGUGAUAGCACACUCUCUAGUGACAGCACCUUCUCCAGUGAUAGCACUUUGUCGAGUGACACCACAGUUAGCACACCCUCCAGUGAUAGCACCCUCUCUAGUGACAGCACCUUCUCCAGUGAUAGCACUUUGUCCAGUGACACAACAGUUACCGCACCAUCCAGUGAUAGCACACCCUCCAGUGACAGCAUCUUCUCCAGUGAUAGCACUUUUUCUAGUGACACCACAGUUGGCACACCAUCUAGUGAUAGCACACUCUCUACUGAUAGCACCUUCUCUAGUGAUAGCACUUUGUCCAGUGACACCACAGUUAGUACACUAUCCAGUGAUAGCACAAUUUCUAGUGAUAGCACAGUCUCCACAGAUAGCACAUUGUCCAGUGAUAUAACAGUUAGCACACUCUCUAGUGAUAGCACCUUCUCCAGUGAUAGCACAAUAUCUAGUGAAACCACAGUUAGCACACCAUCCAGUGAUAGCACACUCUCUAGUGACAGCACCUUCUCCAGUGAUAGCACUUUGUCCAGUGACACAACAGUUAGCACACUCUCUACUGAUAGCACAGUCUCCACAGAUAGCACAUUGUCCAGUGACACCACAGUUAGCGCACUAUCCACUGACAGCACACUCUCUAGUGAUAGCACCUUCUCCAGUGAUAGCACAUUAUCUAGUGAAACCACAGUUAGCACACCAUCCAGCGAUAGCACACUCUCUACUGAUAGCACAGUCUCCACAGAUAGCACAUUGUCCAGUGACACCACAGUUAGCACACUGUCCAGUGACAGCACUUUUUCCAGUGAUAUAACAGUUAGCACACUCUCUAGUGAUAGCACCUUCUCCAGUGAUAGCACAUUAUCUCGUGAAAGCACAGUUAGCACACCAUCCAGUGAUAGCACACUCUCUAGUGACAGCACCUUCUCCAGUGAUAGCACUUUGUCCAGUGACACAACAGUUAGCACACCAUCCAGUGAUAGCACACUCUCUAGUGACAGCACCUUCUCCAGUGAUAGCACUUUUUCCAGUGACACCACAGUUAUCACACUGUCCACUGACAGCACAAUCUCGAGCGAUAGCACCUUCUCCAGUGAUAGCACUUUGUCCAGUGACACCACAGGUAGCACACCAUCCAGUGAUAGCACACUCUCUAGUGACAGCACCUUCUCCAGUGAUAGCACAUUAUCUAGUGAAACCACAGUUAGCACACCAUCCAGCGAUAGCACACUCUCUCGUGACAGCACCUUCUCCAGUGAUAGCACUUUGUCCAGUGACACUUUGUCCAGUGACACAACAGUUAGCGCACUCUCUACUGAUAGCACAGUCUCCACAGAUAGCACAUUGUCCAGUGACACCACAGUUAUCACACUUUCCACUGACAACACACUCUCUAGUGAUAGCACAUUGUUCAGUGAUAGCACAGUUAGCACACUAUCCAGUGACACUGCAGUUAGCACACCAGCCACUGAUAGCACACUCUCUCUUGAUAGCACUUUCUCCACUAACAGCAUAUUCACUACAGAGGUUUCUAGCUAUGCUGGAGAGCAUCUUUCCCCAAGUGUGUCUACCUUAUUUUGCAUUUUCAUCUCAUUGUUUCUGAACUGGGCGGACUAGAAAUUGAAACUGAAUUAAAUCCUCAAAAGAUUUCUUCAUCAUGGCCCUCCAAACAAGCGUGUUUUGCUUUUACUGUUACCUUGUUGUGUUUCCCUCGGAGAAAGCUAACACUGAUGACAAAGAGGAAAACGCAAUGCCAUUGCAUUGCAUUGCUGUCACUUGAUAGUGUGCUAACUGUGGUGCAAUGCCAUCGUGACUAUCAUAGCUCUCUCUAUAUUCCCAGGUGUGUCAGAAAAGCUAUGUUUCAAACACAAACUACAAACUACAUGUUUUCCCCUUCAGUGUAAUCAUCGCCUGGAGUAUACUGUUUAACUGUGACAUCAGCGCUCUACAGCAAGACCAAUGAAACAUGACUUGCUUGGGAGCGUCAUCACUUGGCUUUAGACGAUCAGGAUUUUUGGGGCCGAUCACCCAUCACUGAUCAGCGAGUUUGAAAGACGAUAACCGAUCACCGAUCCGAUCACAAGAUGGAGCAAUGUAUUUAUUUAAAUGAACUGUUCAUUUACUGUAUAUAUUUGUGUACUUAAUUGCUCAAAGAAUUAUAUUUACAAUAAAUGUGUCUUUGUUCAUCUA